AUGCUCAAGAGACUAGUUCGGUUCAUGUCUUCGAUGGACCAAUUUAGAAUCGUGCAAGAGGGCCGGGCCACGGUCUUGGCACCCAAAGAGGAUAAGGUUUUCUACAAUCCGAUCCAGCAAUUCAACCGAGACUUAUCUGUGAUGGCCAUCCAAGCAUGGUUGCAGGAACACAAACAGAGCAAAGUGGGCAAACGAGAGCUCCAGCGGGCAGAGAGGCCGCUCAAGAAGAUGAAGCUCGAGGAGAAAGACGCAGAGAAGGAGGGAACUCAACCAGAGAAGAAGGAAACACAACCAGAGAAGGAGGAAGCACAACCAGAGAAGGAGGAAGCACAACCAGAGAAGGAGGGAACACAACCAGAGAAUAGCGGCAAGGCGUCCGAGUCUACAGAGGAUGGCGAGAGCCAUGCCAAGGCUGCCACCGGCGAAAACGCAGAUGGAGGCGCUCGAUUUGUCCGUAUCCUUGAAGCGCUUUCUGCCACCGGGCUCCGGGCCAUCCGCUACGGGCACGAGGUUCCGCAGGUCUCCCGCGUGGUGGCCAACGACCUUCUUCCUGCGGCGGUCGAGUCCAUCACACGCAGCGUGGCCCACAACGGCCUCUCGCACCUUGUCCAGGCACACCAGGGCGACGCCAUUCGGUACAUGGCGCUGGGCGAGCAGUUCCACGUGGUGGACUUGGAUCCGUACGGGACCGCCGCGCCUUUCCUCGACAGCGCCAUCCAGAGCGUGCGGGACGGCGGGUUGCUUCUUGUCACAUGCACCGACGCUGGCGUUUUGGCCGGCAGCGGGUACCCCGAAAAAUGUUUUGCGCUCUACGGCGGAAACAACCUAGGCAGCGCGGCGGCGCUGGAGGCGAACCACGAGGCCGGGCUCCGGCUCAUUUUGGGCGCCAUCGCUGCGGCGGGCGCGCGCCACAAGAAGGCCAUCGAGCCCGUCUUGAGCUUGAGCGUCGACUACUACUUCCGAGUGUUUGUGCGGGUGCGCGCGAGCGGGCUCGCGGUGAAACAGCUUGCGAGCGAAACCAUGCUCGCCUACCACUGUGUGGGGUGCGGCAACAUUGUCGAGCAGCGCAUGGGCCGCGCGGGCAAGGGCAAGUUCCAUACGCCGCGCGUGACUUUUGAGGGCAAGGCGAGGGAAUCCAAGGAAGCAGAGAGCCAGGAGAGCCAGCAGAGCCAGCAGAAGGAGAAUACACUGGCAAAACAGAGAAAGAAGCACGACGACGAAGAGACACACUUUUCCGGCGGCUUGUGCGGCUUCUGCUCUCGGCCGCACCACUUGGCCGGGCCCAUGUGGGGCGGCGAGUUGCACAGCGCGAGCUUUAUUGACCGCGUGCUUGCCAUCAACGCGGCGGCGCUGCCCGAAACCUACGCCACGCGCGAGCGGAUCCGCGGCAUGCUCUCGUUGGCGCGCAGCGAGUUGCGCGCGCCCUUUUACGUGAGCUUGAACCAGAUGCUGAGCUUUUUCCGCGCGCCGCCUAUCCCGAUCGACGAGUUUGCCCGCGCCGCAGGCAAUAUGGGCCACGAGGUGUCGUUGACCCACGCCAAGAAAAACUGCGUAAAGACGUCGGCGCCUUGGAGCCACGUGCUUGUCAUUUUUGUUGCGUGGUUGCGCCGCAGCAACACCCGCCGCUUGCAAGAGUUGCAGACUCUGCUCGAACUGGAACAAGAUUCCGAGAAGCGCGCGCGGCUCGAGGAGAAGAUCGCCAAGUUGAGUGCGGAUUUGGGCGCCAGCGCGAACUUGACCCCGGGCAUGGUGGGCGCCGCGCUUUUGCGCACCGCGCCUCGCCUCGACGUGGACUUUGACACCGCCAACGACCAGAGCGCUCGCCUCGCCCAGUUGCGCCGCUUGAAAAUGGUGCGCUACCAGGAAAACCCAACAAAAAACUGGGGGCCCAUGGCACGCCCAGGCGGAAAAAACGACUAG